AUGCCUCCCUCAAAACCACCACCAGUCACUAAAAAAACAACAAAACCCCAAAUACAAGACGAUGAUAACAUUGCCAAUAUCAGAUGGAGUAAGGCAUUAGAACUCGCUCUAGCCGGCCGUAUGGUGGAUGAAUACAAUUCUAAAUAUGUUGCCAAUAAAGCCGCUACAUCCAAAAGGUGGGCUUCUGAUAUCGGUAUAUUGGACGCUGAUCCGCGUGGGAAAAAGACGAAACAUCAUAUCACGAAGAUGGUGUUAGAUUGGAAGAAAACUUGGGAUUGGUCGCAGGGGACGGGACGGGGGGAUAUCGAGAAGGAUGGAUCCAUUAUCAGCCUUGAGCAGCAGUGCCUUGAGAAAUGUCACUUUUUCAAAGCCCUGUUGCCGGUCUUCGGGAAUAGUUCAUCAGUACAACCGUCUGCUCAAUUGACGAGCACUGGUAUGAUUUCGACAGCUUCAGUAGGGACUUCACAGGUUGGAAGUGGGAACCAAAGGCAGGCCCCCGAGGCGGAAGCAGAGGCCGAUGCCGAGGCUGAAGACGAUGAUGAGGAAGAUGAAGCCGAAGAAGGGGAGGAGGAGGAAGAGGCGACGGUCGAGUGGCGCGAAAGUGAUGACGAAGACCAAGUCUCAAAGGGGGGCGAGGACGAGGAAGAUGACGACCAGCAAAACCGCCCGAAAAAAGCCUCAUCUAAGGGCUCAGCCGGGCAAGAUACUUCGCUAUCGCGAGCAGGCUCUGCAACCCCUCGACAGUUCAUGAAUUCGGCUGCUACACCCUCAAAAGCCUCUUUUGGUUUCCGCGGAGGGAAAAGGAUGUCAGCUAUUGAUGAGAUGCGAGCUAUGAUCCAGGCCCCCGUCGAAGCCCAAAAGGCAAAAUACGAAGCUAAAGUGGCUAUCGCCAAGUCGGAGCUUGAUAAGGAGAAAGCCCAGAAGGAGCACGAAAUAAAGAUGGCUCGUCUGAGUAUUCUGCAAAAGGAGCAGGAACGUUCCCACGAGAUAGCUAUCUUGAAUGCCAAGUCUGAAAUCGAUCAUUACAAUGCGGAAAUCGAAAGGUUGAAGCUGAAGCGAUCGAUGGGGCUGGACCUCACUGACGAAGAAAAGAAUUUCAUUUGCCAACCGGCACCCAAGAUGCCUACCAUCGAGGCUCCGAAAUCUAUACUAGAUGACCCGGACCUCAUUAUCAUAACCAGCCGCCCGGUUGCGAAGCGAUCUGAUUCUGUUUCAGCCGUCAAACGAGAACGUGAACCGGAGCGAAAAGGCACCAAGAGGAAACUAAUGCCGGACGCUACCCCUAGCACUACUAUCGGUUUCGAAGUCACGCGUACGCCAACUACCACUCAGCGCGGCCAAAUUAAUGAUGUCACGCCCACCGUAAAGCGCCCCUCGAAAAAACCAAAAUCAUCAGCCAACUUGCUGGAGAAACAAUCCGUUCCGGAUUCGAAUCCAACACCACAGUCUUCGACCCCAGCUCCUUCAGACGGUGGAACCUCACCAGCGAUUGAACCUGUGCUGGCUAGGAUACAGCGGGCCAGUAUUACUACAGUCAAAAGUAAUGAUAAGGUCGGUGAUAAGGUCGGUGAUAAGAGUGGCAGUAGGGCUACCGCUAAGGUGGGCAGGACGCAACUGGAACCCCAACCAAACCAGCCGUAUGCCGGCCCGCCUCAACCUCCUACACCAUCUCAACGUGCCCCUUAUGACCCCAACUAUCCUGAUGAGUUUUACCGCAAUGUGCAUGCAGAAGAAGAUGUCCUCUACAACGAAGGAUAUCAACGGAUGCUACAGCAAGGUGGCUCGGUUAUGAUGAACGAAGCCUGGCAGGGACACGGAUACGCCCCUAAUAAGAAUAUGUAUCGUGAAUUUGAGCCUACCGGACCCCAAAUGCAAAGGUUUUAUGGGGAGGACCAGUUAUCCAUGGAUGACCAAGCUCUUCGUCACCAACGUGGUAUGUUCUUCAAUAGCCCUCACCCUGGUAGAUUCACGGGUUCACGUGCUGGUCAUCCACGCCACCCUGCUAUCGGGCAUCACCCGCACCCUAUGCAAUAUCCUCAUCCAUAUCAUCCGUACCCUCACCCUCAGUCUUUCGGAGAAGGUGGUCAAGCUCCUGUUCCCGGUAGAAUCGACUACAGGUCAACUAGUCCAGAUACUGUAAUCACAACUGCUUCGGAAACUAGAGCCGAUCCGUCCCUCGAAGAAACGGCAGAGCCAUGA